AUGUCGGCCCAGCUUGAGAAGGUUUCUCAGGAGGUCGCAGAGCACCGGAAUCUCUUUGCCUUGAAGGCCGACCAGGCUGACAUUGGCCAGAUGCGCUCGCAACUGGGGAGCCUGGGCCACGGCCUGGCGCAGAAGGUGGAUCAGCUCGAUCGCGAGACCUCAGAGUUCAUGACCACUGCCAUGCAGAAGAUCACCAGAAUAGGCGAGCAGAUGGAGCAAAAGGCCACCAGUGGCCGCCUGGACCAGCUCGACGAACGGCUCAACAAGGUCCUCCACAGCCUGGAGCGGAAAGCGGAGGACAUGGCCCUUCGGCGCCUUGAAGAGCAGGUGAUCAUCUUCGGGGAGUGUGUGGAGGGCAAGGCAGAGCGCAACGACCUCCAGAAGGCCCAGGAGCAGCUGCAGGAGCUAACAGUGGCCCUGGAUCCCAAAGCCGAACCAUGGCCGCCCUUCGUUUUCCAGGGGGAGGUCUUCGGGACAAAGCUGACCUUGAGGCUGUACGAAAGCGCUUGGAGGACCGGCACUGAGCCACUAACAUUGGAGGCGCGGAUGUAG